GGAAAUUUGAAAGGCAGGCUUAUUGGGAUGAGGAUAAGAGGAACUGGCUGCCUUAUUAAAGGACCUUGCAUUGGUGAUGCUCACUUCUCACUCCAGCUUCCUUACAUUUCAUUUCUGGGUGAAGGAUUUAGUGGCGCAAAGAUGAACGAAGCCCGGCCCCGUUACGUCAUCAACCGUCCAGCUUAUUCUAGCAACUACUUUGAUGAAGAGUUUGAGAGAAAAAGUAGAAGUUACCCACUUGGGGAGAAAAUAAAGAAUCUUUUCAGGUGUUCACCAUCCAGAUUCAAACUCAUCCUGUACAGCCUGUUUCCUAUCCUUGUAUGGCUUCCAAAAUAUAAAAUCAAAGAUUAUAUUGUGCCCGAUGUCCUUGGUGGAAUCAGUGCUGGGACUAUUCAGGUGCCUCAAGGUAUGGCCUUUGCUCUGUUGGCCAACCUACCUCCGAUCAAUGGGCUCUACUCAUCUUUCUUCCCUCUGAUAGCCUAUUUCUUGCUAGGAGGUGUUCAUCAAAUGGUCCCAGGCACUUUUGCAGUCAUCAGUAUUAUUGUGGGGAACGUCUGUCAUGAGUUGGCUCCUGAUUCCGACUUCCAGUACUUUAACCACACAGCCAAUGAGAUGAUGAUUAACAACACAGCCAUGGAAGCAGCCAGACUGGAGAUCUCUGCCACCUUGGCUUGCCUGACAGCCAUAAUCCAGAUAUGCCUAGGAUUUGUGCAGUUUGGCUUCGUCGCGAUCUACCUCUCAGAAUCCUUCAUCAGGGGGUUCAUGACAGCAGCUGGCCUGCAGAUCCUCAUCUCUGUGCUCAAGUAUAUCUUUGGCCUGAAGAUUGACUCCUACACAGGACCCCUUGCCAUUGUUUAUACUUUUAUUGAUAUUUGCAAAAACUUGCCCAAGACCAAUAUAGCAUCCCUCGUCUUUGCAUUGAUCAGCACUGUGCUUCUGAUUAUCGUGAAGGAGCUGAAUAUGAAAUACAUGAAGAAGAUUCGAGUCCCCAUUCCCAUGGAGAUUGUUAUAGUCAUUGUAGCUACUGCAAUUUCUGGAAGCUUUGAUAUGCCUGAUAAAUAUGACAUGCCCAUUGUUGGCCAUAUUAAUAUGGGAUUUCCAUCUGCUACUCUUCCCGAGGUGGGCAAGUGGAAGGACAUGGUUGGCACAGCUUUCUCACUUGCCAUCGUGGGCUAUGUGAUCAACCUGGCCAUGGGCAGAACUCUUGGAACCAAGCAUGGCUAUGAUGUGGACCCUAACCAGGAAAUGCUGGCCCUCGGCUGCAGCAACUUUUUUGGAUCCUUUUUCAAAAUCCACGUAAUUUGCUGUGCCCUUUCUGUGACCUUAGCUGUGGAUGGAGCGGGAGGAAAAUCUCAGAUGGCAAGCUUUUGUGUGGCAGUGGUUGUGAUGAUAACCAUGUUGUCCUUGGGAAUCUACCUUGGCCCUCUUCCUAAGGCUGUGUUGGGAGCCUUGAUAGCUGUGAACCUGAAGAAUUCUCUCAAGCAAUUGACUGAUCCUUACUACCUCUGGAAAAAAAGCAAGCUGGACUGUGUGGUCUGGGUGGUGAGCUUCCUGUCGGCUUUCUUCCUGGGCUUGCCCUUUGGACUCGCUGUGGGAGUGGGUUUUUCCAUCCUUGUGGUGGUUUUCCAUACCCAGUUUCGCAAUGGUUGUGUCAUUGGUCCUGUAGCUGCUACUGAUAUAUACAAAAAUCCAAAAGUCUACAACAAGGUCCAAGAAAUUGAAGGAAUUAAAAUUGUUACCUACUGCUCUCCUCUUUACUUUGCUAAUUCAGAGAUAUUCAGGGAGAAAGUUAUUGCCAAGACUGGUGUGGAUCCCAUCAAAGUCUACUUGGCGAGGAAAAAGUAUGUGAAGAAUCAAGAAAAGGCAAGGGCAACAUCAGAGAAAACAAGCAAACUAAAAUCUCUCUUCAGGAAAAACAAGACUAUGUCUCUGCAAGAGCUCCAGAAGGAUUUUGGAAGCAUGUCUCCGACAGAUACCAACAAUAACCAGACCUCCGCAAAUGGUAAAAGCGUCUCCUACAUUAACUUCAACCCAUCUGAAAAGCAGGCCAAUGCCUCCUGUGAACAGGGAACCAUCGCCAGUCAUCGCAGCAGCACCUGCAGUGCUAUCCCAGAAUCGAACAUUGACCCCAUGACCACAGCACCCCCAUUUGUCAACUUCCACACAAUUAUAUUGGAUAUGAGUGGCGUUUGCUUUGUGGACCUGAUGGGCACGAAAGCUUUGGGAAAGCUGUGCACCAACUAUCAGAGGAUUGGGAUUCAAGUAUUUCUGGCAAAUGUACAAGCCCAAGUGUAUGAUGAUAUCCGCACGGGGGGAGUCUUUGAAGAAGGAGGUCUGGAGCCCAGUCAUCUCUUCGUGACCAUCCAUGAUGCUGUUUUGUUUGCAACAAUGAAUGGAAACAGAGCCACACAGCGUCCUGGCUUAGAGCAGAGGUCAAGUCAGAUAGAAGUCUCUAUCUCUGAUGAAUCACUGGAAGACAGCAGUGCUGAAUUCCAAAACUUAGAAGAGGAAAUGUUUGGGAGCAUUUUUCAUUCGGAUGCACAGACAGCACUGUGAGCUCAUGAGAAACACUCAUGUGAUGGCAAACUUAUUGACCAAGACAUUACUUUAUGAAGAGAUGUCCCUGUGUCUGAAUAGCAAGGAAAAUGGCCUUUGUGCAUUUUUGGAAUGGGACCAUUGAUGCUUUUGCAGCACAGAGGCUUCUGACCUGAUGAUCUCUUCUCCCUCCAUUCAUCUCUGGUUAUUGAAAUGCAGAGCAAGUGAUUCUUGAAGCAGUUGGCAUGGGUGACAGAAGGAGAAACUCAGGGAAUAUUCUUCAUCUAUCUAGAAGAAGCAGAAGAAUAGCAGGACUAUAAUGACUUCUCUCUAGGCCUCGUUCUGCACUUCAAGCAAUUCUUAUGAACCCUUAAGGAUGUAUCUAGCAUACACAAAUACCAAGGAACUCUCAGUCAUCACCCUUGUUUUUAUUAAGAGAAAUAUGAGGGAACACAGAGAAUAUUGUGUUUGAUCAACAGACAUAACUCUUAUGAGGUGUAGUUAUUUGGGGUUUGUAAAGGGGAUGUUUGCUUCCAAAGUGUGAACUGAUUUUAUAGAGUUCACACUAAAAUUAAGCAUGCCUCUGAAGAUGUUGCCCAAUUAUUCCUCUGCUUUCAUCACUACAGCCUAAUACAGCACUCUUUGUUUCUAUGGUCUAAAUGCAUCACCAGUAUGUUUAGUGACCAUCCAUCAUUUCUUGAAACACGUGCUGUAUUUGCUGUGGUACUGAGUCAUAUCAAACUACUGCCUAGAAGUAAUGUUGUAUUCUCUAUUGCAACUUCCCCUUUUUAAAGAACAGUUC